UAACAGGUUCUGCUGGAGAUCCUUUUGCUGCCCUGUGGCGAUGUGGAUUCAUGCACCUCGCUGCUCCCUGCAGCCUUCGCGCCUAGGUACUCUUCAUCACUAUGAGCUUGUUUCAUACAGGGACCUUAGCCCACUUGGUCAGUGGGUGUUAGAUCUUCCCUGUGAAGACAAAUUAAGUUGGUUACUUCCUACCACUAUGGGUUGGAGUUGGUGACUGUGUUUGCCUAUCAGGUCUAAGUUAAUGGUGUGCCAAGGACAGACGUGAAACAGGUCUUUAGCUCCAUAUUGAUGUGGUAUCUUCUUAACACAUCGCAAGGCCCUGAGCCCACAGCAGCACAGGAUAUGGAGGCUCUUGAAGUGGAUGACAUUAGCCCUGCCUUGGAAGUGACUGAAGACUUUUUCAAUAGUUUUGAUACUAAACUUGACAAGAUUGUGCAGCCCUCUGAGGUGUAUGGUGUACAGGAGGUCCCUGAGCUGGUUGGGCAUGAGGUAUUUGAUCAGAUAACGGGGAGCAGGAACCUGAGGAACGUCGCCUCCUUAGCCAAAGGUAGCCUCAUCUGGGAUCACUGCAAAAAUGGCCUCUUGGAAACCAAAGCUCAGACAGCUUUCCCUGCCAAAGACCAGCACAUGGUGCAGAGGGGAACAGCUGCUGCCAACCUCGCUUGGGCAGGGGAAGGGGAGACCACAGCUUUUAAUAUCUUCAAAAUCUGCCAGCGGCGGAGAGACAGGCCUCGCUCAGUGAAUGACAUCCUGGUGCAGAGUGAGGAAGCCUCCAUGUUCAAACCAGGCCACAACAGGUCACGCUCUGAUAUCAGCCAUGUGAACUGGAGAGUGGUCUUCACGGGCACUUCCCUGCAACAGCCACCUGCACCUGGGCAGGACAAUAACUGUGCUCUGCUUUCCUACCUGGCAUUAACCAAGGGAGAGGACAUCCAAGGAAACACAGAACACAAGACGGUGUUCCCAAAUCUUCUGAAGAAGGGAUACUUGGAAGUUCGAAGAGACAAUGACAGCUACUGGCAAACCUGUUACGCUGAGCUCUCCCAGUACAAACUGUACCUGUAUUGCCUGGACAGCAGUGGCAACCAGACUCUUCCCACCGUGUAUCCACUCCUGCGUUUUCAAAGGGUCGCUGUUACUGGUGGUGUUGAAACCAAGGUGGUGGACACUGUCCUGUCAGACAGCUCACAGCUACAGCUGAAGGCAGAGUCCUCCUGGGAGACUUUGGACUGGGGACAGAAACUUUGGGAAGCGGUGCGUGCUUCUGUCCCUGCUUUUACAAGACAGCAGGAGAAACUGGAGAAUGUGCCAAAACCUGAAAAUAACAGUGACCUUUCUCAAACUAAUGGAUUAUUAGAGAAGCCUAUGGAGCUCUUCCUAUCCAUGAAUUUGACUGAAAACACUAAAGACUACCAAAAUAUUCUGAAAUCAGGGACUCUCUAUAGGUUAACUGUCCAGAAUAACUGGAAGGCAUUUACUUUUGUCUUGAACAGGUCUUAUCUCAUGGCAUUCCAGCCUGGUAGGCUUGAUGAAGAUCCCCUGCUGAGCUACAAUGUCGAUGUGUGCCUGUCAGUCCAGACAGAUACUCAGGAUGGCUGUGACUCUUGCUUUCAGGUCAUUUUUCCCCAGGAUGUGCUGCGCCUGCGCGCAGAGACCCGUCAGAGGGCCCAGGAGUGGAUGGAGGCGCUGAAAGCAGCAGCCAAUGCUACUCGAAGUUUGACUCAAAACCCACAGGUCACGCUUAGGAACAAACCUGGAGAUCGGCCCUUUGGAAAUGAUCUUAGGAAGACCAAGCGCCAGUCUGUGACCACCAGCUUCCUGAGCAUCCUGACCACACUGUCUCUAGAGAGAGGGCUCACUGUUCAGAGCUUCAAGUGUGCAGGCUGUCAGCGCUCCAUAGGUUUGUCCAAUGGGAAAGCCAAGGUGUGCAGCUACAGUGGAUGGUAUUACUGCAGCACCUGCCAUGUGGAUGACAGCUUCCUCAUCCCUGCAAGGCUGGUUCAUAACUGGGACACUUCCAAAUACAAGGUAUCAAAGCAAGCCAAAGAGUUCCUGGAAUAUGUUUAUGAGGAGCCAUUAAUUGAUAUCCAGCAGGAAAAUCCCAUGUUGUACAAUCAUGUUGAACCCCUGGCAACUGUUGUCCGCCUGAGACAGCAGCUAAAAUCUCUGCGGGCCUACUUGUUCAGCUGCAGAGCAGCAGUGGCUGAAGAUCUGCGGAGAAGGAUCUUUCCCAGAGAGUAUCUUCUACAGCAAAUCCAUCUUUAUUCUCUGGCAGACCUUCAGCAGGUUAUUGAAGGAAAGCUGGCUCCUUUCUUGGGGAAGGUGAUCAAGUUUGCCUCCUCUCAUGUGUACAGCUGCAGCCUUUGUAGCCAAAAGGGUUUCAUCUGUGAGAUUUGCAACAAUGGAGAAAUCCUUUACCCCUUUGAGGACAUUUCUACAAGCAGGUGUGAAAGCUGUGGUGCUGUCUUCCAUUCUGAGUGCAAAGUGAAGGCUGUACCAUGCCCCAGGUGUGUGCGUAAGGAAUUGCAGAAGAAGCAGAAAUCCUUCUGGAGACAACUGAAUAUGGACGAGAACUUCGAAGAGUCUUGCAACAUGUUUGAGUUGUCAUAUCAGAACACAUGAGUUCCUUAAGGCAGUGGCCAGCCUGAAGAGAAUCCCUCUCCCAGCUGUCAGCUCAAGCAAAUUCUCAGCUUAGACAGGCAGAAAUUGUUUUGAAAAAUAUUACCUGACCAUGUGUGAAUAAGAGCUGCCAAAGUGGCCGUAAAGCCUUGUUGGCUUUGAAAUGCCAGUGGCUAAACUGCAUUGAAGUCCAGCUGUUAUCUCUCACAUAAAAUGUGGUUUACGAGAAAUGCUUUAGGUCUAGCUAAUUAAGUACCCAACUUUCUUUUCCAGCUCUGGAGAAGACUUUAUCUCAAGGCAGAAGAUAUUUGCUACCAUGACUGCAUUCUUUUUUGUUGUUGUUGUUGCUCAUUUAGAAUUGAUGAAUCUUCUACUUAUUUAUGUGUCUUAUUUAUUUAUUAGUAGCCUUGGCAGGGGUUCUGGUGAGGUGUUUCACCCACCCAAUAGAGCAGGAAUUAUUUUAAAUCCACUAUCUCCUCCUGAUAUGGACGUGUGGUUCCAUUUCCUCAUGUUUUCAGAGAGUUAUCUUAAAGGAUCAGUGCAUUAACAUUUUAAAGGAUCUCCUUGCCAAGGAAAGAAAAGGAUCUCCCAUUAAACCUUAUUUGGGGUGCUUACAAACUUAAGAUGCUGAAUAAUUCCUUCAGUUAUGUUUAUAUAUUUAUAACCACCCCAGCGAACUACUCCAUAUUCAGAUAAGCAUGGAACUUGCUACUCUUUUUGUUCAGGCGGGGAAUAUCAGUUAAGCUCUGUCACUGAGAUUUGUGCUGGUUACUCUCAAUUUAUGGGAGGCUGUGGUCUUGUCUGUAAUAACAUGAUGCUGGUUCUCCUCCUUCCAGUCUGAAACUUAAGGGCAUUUUAAGUGUUCACAUUGGUUUUCUUUUUAUUUCAUGAAGUUUACUUCAAAUGUUUUUCUAAUCUGAACCUGUUAAACUGAUAGUCCGGAAAGUGGUCUUGCCCAUUUUGGUUAGCAAAUACCUCCAAAAUUGUGAAACACUAGUUUGCUGUUUCCAUAUACAACUUGUGUCCUGCAUUCUCUUUGAGCUCCAAGGCAUUUAUAGUUCUGUAUUGACUUCCAUGGUGGACAGUGAAGUUCCUCGAGAUAUGAUUCUGCUCCACACACCUGGAACACAGGGAAGUAUUUAACACAGUAAACUAUUCUGUAAAGGGAAGUACAUGAUGGAUUUAACUGGGGAGGCAUGUGUCAUUACUGGCAGUAUGUUUAAUUCAUGGGGAGUUCAUCUCCAAUGAGCAGCUAGAUUGUCGUCCCCCCAUUUCACAUUCCUGACUCUUUUCCACACCCUGCAGUGAUAUGUGUAUUACAUACCUAUGAAAGCAUUCAUGUAUAUGCACACACAUAUCUAUAUACAGAAAGCAAAUACGGUUUCAGGAGAAUAAUGCCAGUUGCAUGUGUAUUUUUCCUCUUCUCUCACAUAGGUUUGUGAAAAUACGGAACACUGAUUUUUGCUUCCAGUAUAAUCUACAGACUGUUGUAAGGCAGAAAGCAGUUUUGAUUGUUGAAACAUCUCACUAAUUGCUGAAGUAUUUUAGAUAAAAGAACAGGGUACAUCAUGCUUCCAUUAAAAGGUAAAAUGUUACAAUGGGUUGCCUUGUACUGGAAUAUAAGUGGUUACCUUUCCCAGCCUCCAGUCAAAGAAAAAGUAGCUUUCUCAAAUUUGAGUGCAACUACUAUAUAUAUAUAAGCAUGUUUAUAUCUGUAUACAUUAGACAACCAGUGCCUUUUUUUCCCCAAAAUCCUUCUUUCAUUUGGAUUCUUUAGAAGGAAGUGAGGGUUUUUCCAUAUUCUUGGCAAAGUGCUGUAGGGAUUCCCAUACUUAAUAAACCUGGUGAAUCAUGCACCUUUGUCACUGAAAUUAAUACUUCCCAUACACAAUGGUGUCUCUGUCUCAGCUCACUGUUCCUCAUGUGAAAUGAGUUGCUUUUGGCUAUCACUCUUAAAGGUAUAAUGUUCCUUGCAAAUCCAUUCCCAUGCAAAGAAUUCCCUCUGUGUUCAGAAAUGCAAACACUGGGGAAGUAUUGUGGAAUUAGUCAGGCAAACAGGAACUGCACUGGUACUGGCUGAAUAAACAAAACGCUCCCAUGUUUUUCAGCUUGUGUCACUACAAUUACUCCUGUGGCAAAGCCAGUAGCUCUGAAACUGUCAGCAUCUGGCAGGUACUAUUUUGAAUUAUCUGUAGACAUAAUGUAAGGUCAUUAAAGAAAAAAUGGUGGUGUUUUUGAUAUUAUCAUGCUCUGGUAUUUAUGAUACCUCACAGUGCUGUUCAUGUCCAGCUCAGUUUAGAGAAGGCUGCUUGAGUACACUGUCAAAAACCAUACAGAGUCAAGGAUUCAAGGUCCAUAUUAGUUACUUUGACAGAUGUCCUAGCUCCAAAGUACCAGUCAUGUGGGUGGUUAGAUAUUGGAAUUUAAUUCUGGAAUAACAAUAUAGACAGCAUUAGAGUUGCUCUGGUUUGUAGAGGUAUUACAGUACAGUUUCUUUGCUAACAGAGAUUUAAAGUAUAAAAAGAGUAUGAAGUUGGCAAAACUGAAAUUAGUCAUGGAUCUGAAACCACUGCCAUUACCAAUGACAUAGAGCAAAAGCAUGUUAUGAUAUUCUGUCAGUGCCCAGAGCUUUAUAUAAAAAGGUACUGUACAAUACCAAUCAUGUUAUUUACUUUAAAAUACAGUGUUGUUGUAAACCAGCUAGUUCCUAAAAUGAAAUAGACAUUCAUUUCUACUUUGGAAAAGUGAUACAGCUUCACAGUAGCUCUAGGAGCAGGCUGUAAUGUGAAAGAUGAUGUCCUCUCAGGGAUGCCUAGCUCCUAUCCAAAAGUAGUUAUUCCUUAUGAAUGGGUAAGAUAAAGUAUUCUGUAAGCAUAAUGAAAGGCUUAAUCCUGCCCUCAGUCGAUUUUCUUGCAGGAGCCACCUGCAAGCAGGAGCCUCAGCCUGGGAUUCUGCAGGUGGUUUGGGUUUCAGACAGCGCUGUACCCUUGCAUGGCUGUCUCUGCUGUACUAACAGUGCUCUGUGCUGGUCCCCACUGCUACUAUCUGCCUGUUCUGCAGCCCACAGCCUACACAUGGCUCUGCUCUGCAAACUUCUCAAUGAGCAUCAGCUGGUAAAGUUCCUGGGAGCUUUGCAGAUUGCAUGACUCUGCCUGCACCCUCCCUCCACCCCAGGUGAAAUUAUGGUACUUCAGUUUUGCCCUACCCAUGCAAGAAAUGAAUUUGAACGAUGCCAUUUCAUUGUGAAUCAAGAAUAAAAUCUGCUAUUUGUUGUCUUCAAAGAGAAGAUGCUUUCAUAGCUGAUGGAGAAGGAAUUGAUCUGUAAUCCAGUUACUGCUUUUGCUUUGUGCAGAACUUGUUAUCAAUGUAAAAAUAGGAUGCUUAACUGCAGUGGACCAUAGCUUCACUCUCUGCAGGCACUUCUAGUUGUUACUCAUAUUAUUUUAAUCUAGGACACUAUUGAGAUCCUUAUUUCUCUUUUCCUCUUUACCCUAACCAUCUGACUUUAAUGGGAAGAUGGACCUACCUAGGGAAUGCAAACUGCUGCUCUUUUUGUAUUAUCAAUCUAUGAAAAGAGAAAUUUAUAUUUCUUGUGUAGGAAUCCUCCUAUUGCUUUUCUUGGGGUUUUUUGUCUGUCUUACAUGGUGGAAAAUGAUGGGUUGGUGAUGUGACAAAAUAUCCCGGCUGGCACGUACCAAUAUGAGCUCACUGCUGGGAUCGAUAGGAAUUGGCAGGUGUGAGGGAAGACACUUUUUCAUGAGGAAUUUAAGUUUUUCACAGUACUCCACAGGCUCUGAUGGCCCUGUUAGAAGUGAAUUAUCAGGGUAUCCCUAGAGCUCCUCUUGUCAAGGCUUCUUUUAUUAUUAGGAUAGUGUGUGUAUUAUGAGGGAUUCAUGAUAAUGUUUUGAAAGGUUUUUAAAAAGAAUAGAGGAUGUCUGUUUACAAUGAAAUGGGGAAUCUGCCCAGUUGAAUUUUGCUUUUUCUCUGUAGCAACAGAAGCCACUGAGUUUCCUAGGCUUCCCAAGUCACUGCCUGGAUUGCGGCUGACUGUUGAUUUGUAUAAAAGAAAUUAAUGGAAUAAUCAUCAUAAUCUUCUAAUUUUUUUUUUUGCUGCCGCUCAGUUGCCAGCCAGUCUCCCCUCUCUCUCCACUGUCUUGUCCAUGUCCUUACUCACUGUACUGAGCCUAUAGCCAGACUUGGAGCUUCAUAGCUCAUUGUGUUGCUUUUGAACCAGUUGAGUCCAAUAAUUCUCUCCUUUAUAAUUUGCCUUCCAAUUUUCCCUUCCCAGUAGGAGUGCCUUACAUUACUGUAUAUUAGCGUCUCUCUUCCUGUUUUGGAUUUCCUGAUUGCAUCUGCUGUUUUAUUAACUUGCAGACUUAAACUGAAACUCUCCUGUGGCUGUGCCUGCUCUUUUGCAGGAGCAGCUGAGUAAAUCAGUUUGCUUGUUCUGCCCUGAUGAAGUGAGCUCUACAGGCUUCAUAUACCAGCUCUGAAGACACCAAGCUAUGUGGGAACUCCUCACUUUUGCUCAUUUUGGUGCCUUAAAUUUUGAGAAGUGAAUAAUUUUUUUAGAAAUGCUCUGCCACGAUGCAAUGUGUUUGGCAUUGGAACAUAAAACCCUUGCUCGUGACAGUUUCCAUCUUGCUAGGAAUGGUAACCAUAUAAUUUGCUUACUGUCUAUACUUUAUGAGGGCAUUAUGAGGGAGGAUAGUGUGGAGAUGGUAUUGGUUCUUAUUAUGUGUUUUUUUGAGACUAGCUGGGCUGCUUAGCCUGAGAUGCAGUUUUGCAAGGCCUUCAGAAGCCGUGCAUAUAUAAUGUCAAGUAGAGAGAAUUAAACGGGGUCAGGUCACAUGCAGUUUUGCUCCUCCUGGAACCCCUGGCCAGUCCACACAAGGUGGCUAGGGACUCCCAUACAGAGCUCCCUGCUCACUUGCACAGCUGGGCCCAGUGCUGUGGGAGUGAAGGUGUUCCCUCAAAACUGAGUUUUAAUGCAGCCUGGCUGCCUGAAGGCAGAGCCAAUGGGGAUUUGGUUGGCCUUACCUUAGAGAGAGGGUUAACCUGUUGAAAUUUUAUCAUUAUUUGCUAAAGCAUGUGGCAUGUGUCAGCCUGGGGCACAUGUCCAUACUAACUGUGAUGUUGUAAGUCCACAUUUGACACCAGUAGUAGGAAUCACAUUUGACAGCGGCAGUGCUGCUGUUGCAUUUUAGCAGUACAGUGAGGAGACAGCCUGGAUAAUAAUGUGCAAAGUCCUUAUUUACUUGAAAACCCUGGUAUGGCCAUGAUGGCUUGAGUCAUAUCUUAAAAUGCCAAUUUCACCCAAAUUCCUUAGGGUGACUAUUAAUCCAAAUUGCAGAGAUGCCACUUGUGGUCAGCAACAGAGAGAUCUAGGUCUGGAGAGCUAUCAGCUGUCUAGGACCAAAGUGUAUUAGAUUUUGUGCACAAGUGUCAUUGGAUCAAUUAUUUAUUUAUUCCUUUCUAACCCACAUGUUAAACCAAUAUAAAUCCUUGAAUACACAGCUUUGUUUUGAUGGAAAAAGGAUUUGUUUCAGUGCACUUGUCUACCAAAUUGAUUUUGCUUAAAUUUAACUGUGCUUUCAGGCUGAUUUUUAAUUAAUACCUGUGAUACCAAGUUACCUUAUAUGAGUCCUUCCUAUACUUGAGGUAAGCAAAAGUAAAUGAGCAAAAUGUGUGUUUCAUAGGUAUUAAGUGAUAAAGGCAGCUUCCAAAUCAAAUUUAGGUCAGUCAAGGCAGUUAAAAGCCAGGGAAAGACAGGUAUGAGCAACAGAGCACAGUGGCUGGUCCCUGGCAGCCUGGGCUUGUCUUCCUGCCAGAGCACCAGCUCACCUGCACCACUUACAGUGAAUUUUAGCAUUGCUGGCAGUGCACCCUGAGUGUUUGGAAUACCAUUAUGUGUUUGUGCUACUCUGUUAAUUUAUUUGCAACACUGUUAUGUGUGUUUCAUUGUUCUUGUGUUUGUGUUGUUGGAUUGGUUUUUUUUACUUUUGACAAGGAUUUUUUUUUAAUUAUCUGCAACUACUGGGCUAUAGUCUUAAUUUAUUCUUGAUGUGUAAUGAUGUUAUAAUUUAAAUCCAUUGAGUUUAAUUGCUUGUUGACACUUGAGCAGGGUUUAUUUGGGUUCACUUGUGACUGCAUCAGAGCACCAGUCCCUCCUGUACAAAGGCAACUCUCAAUAAACACUAAAAAAUGUUACUCGUCCUUUUUAA